AUGUCUGCUUCUCCUCCAGGUUCCUCUUUUGUGUCUCCGGUCACUACAACCGCCACAGUCAACAAUACAAAUAAUCAGAAUCCUCAGCAGCAGCAGCAGCAGCAGCAGCAACAACAACAACAACAACAGCAACAACAACAAGUUCCACAAGUUCAGCAACAUGCAUCAUUACCUCCACCUCAGGUUACGGUGCAUCCAGUUACUGGUGUGCCGGUAGUACAGUUUUCUAAGGAACACUUUCUUCGGCAGUUUCAAAUGCUGACCCCAAGCCAAGUCCAGCAUUUGCAUCAACUUUCGGGCCCUGAACAACAACAACUUAUUUACAAACAUCUUCUUUAUCGAUUUUAUAAUUCCAACCCUGAAAUAAAAGCCCAAAUUAUGGCGCAUACCCAACAGGCGCAAGCUCAAGCGCAAGCCCAAGCGCAAGCUCAAGCGCAAGCUCAAGCGCAAGCUCAAGCGCAAGCUCAAGCGCAAGCUCAAGCGCAAGCUCAAGCCCAAGCGCAAGCCCAAGUCCAAGCUCAAGCUCAAGCUCAAGCCCAAGCCCAAACUCAAGUUCAAGCUCAAGUUCAAGCUCAAGCUCAAGCCCAAGCCCAAGCCCAAGCCCAAGCCCAAGCCCAAUCACCACAAACUCAAACACAAGCACAAGUACAAGUGCAAGCACAAGCUCAGCCACAGACAUCUCAAAAUUCUCCUCAGUCUCAAGAAAUGUCUCCUGCUAUUUCGCAAAGUCAACUAGCUGCCGUUCAAAGUGCGUCUUCGCCACGUAUUGCUAGCCCUGUCAUUGCACAACGGGUAGCAUCUUCUAAGUCACCACUUCCUGGCAGCCCAAUAGCAAUGACUACAACGGUAUCAACAAAAGGUGUUAACAAACCAGUAAACGGUGCCAUGAAUGGGUUUAAGGUUGAAACUGGUCGUAAGUUCAACUUUGCAGAAACUUCUGAGGAUAUUCUUAAAAAAUUCAAAGAUGAUCCUCCUAGUUUGAUACUUCAUAUUCAUUUAUCGCAUUUCAGAUUUGAAGGUCAAGAAACUGUUAUUCCUAAAAAGAGUCCUUUAAUGAAGGCUUUUUUUGAGUAUGUAUCACAAAAUGCUAUUCCACCAGCUGCAACCGAAGUUUUUGGAGACUCGUGUAUUAAAUUCUACGAGGGAAAUAUAAUAUUGGAAAUACACGACCAUCGUGCGAUACCACAAGAUUUAACAGAGAGCACCCCACAAGAUGGAACUGUCAAAACAGAAGUCAAAGAAGAGGAAAAACAAAUUAAGACUGAAGAUAGCAAGGAAAACGAUAAAGAGGGUGAGAAGAAUAAGGAGAGGGAAAAAGAAAAGGAAAAGGAGAAGGAAAAAGAAAAAGAAAAAGAAAAAGAAAAGGAUGUUUCUGAUGAUAAAAACUUUGCUGCUAUUUCUUCUUCAUCUCCCAAGGCUGAGCCCAAAAUAAUAAGGACAGUUUUGCGCCCUACUCCGUUAUCCAUGUGGCAUGAUUUGUUAUAUUACACAGAUUUUAAUCAUGUUCAACUCACAGAUUUCACUGCUCUUCGUGUUGAAGAAGAAAUACUUCGGUUCACUCUACGGAACGUUGAUUUAACAGUACCUAAAAACCCAUUUCAUUCUCCAAUUGGGCCCAUUCUAACAAACCAAAAGGAAGUUCGGCGGCAUAUGGAACAAGAGCAGGGGAAAAGGACAUGGUCAGAACUUCAAGCCGAACAAAAUUUUCUUGCUCAAGAGAGGAAGAAACAAAAAGCGGAGGCUAGUUCCAUUUCAAUUGAAGAAGCCCAAAAAAAUAUUGCCAAGCUGCAAAGCGAACAGGAACAAAACAGAAAACAGUUAUUGCUUUCUUCCCAGUUUCAGUCACCUUCAUCUGCUGCCAGAUCAUUGUACGCUUCUCGACCUGAGGUUCGGAAACCAUUUCGACGCCUGCAUGAAGACUUUAAGCAUCAUGGUUCUGAGUAUGAAGAACUUAUGCUCAUUAUGUCUGAUAUUCCUCCUGCUCAGAAUUCAUCAUCAGCUGCAUCUGGUCAGCUUAUGCGUCUUUCGGUUAUUGAACAGAUUCGUAAAAAAAAUCAAAAUGCUCUGUUGACUCAGCAAAGAAUGGCAAUGCUACAACGUCAGCAGCAGCAACAACAACAACAACAGCAGCAGCAGCAACAACAACAACAACAACAACAACAACAACAACAACAACAACAACAACAACAACAACAACAACAACAACAACAACAACAACAACAACAACAACAACAACAACAACAACAACAACAACAACAACAACAACAACAACAACAACAACAACAACAACAACAACAACAGCAGCAGCAGCAGCAGCAGCAGCAGCAGCAGCAACAACAACAGCAACCAACAUCUCAAUCUCAAGCACAGGCACAAGGGCAGGCCCAACCUCAAACACCGGCACAAACUAAUCAACCACAGCUGCAACCCCAGUUACAAGUUCAAGCUCAAGCUCAAGCUCAGCAGCAGCAGCAACAGCAACAAGCUCAACAGCAACAAGCUCAACAGCAACAAGCUCAACAGCAACAACAUGUUCAGCAACAAGUUCAACAGCAGCAACAAGCUCAACAGCAGCAACAAUUGCAACAACAACAGCAACAGCAAGUUCAACAAGCUCAACUAGCGCAACAAGCUCAACUAGCGCAACAAGCUCAACAGGCGCAACAAGCGCAACAAGUGCAGUUCCAACAGCUUCAACAGCAGAAGCAACAACAACAAAUGCAAUCAUCUCCACAACAAAUCCAGCAACAGUUAAUACAACAACAAAGAGCCCAGCAGCAACAACAAAAAUUACCAAACAAUUCACAACAUUUAUCAGAUGGCAAUAACCAUCAACAACCCAAUGGACAACCAACCAUUCAAAGAUCUCAAGGUUCAUUUUCUUCUGCAUCCCCCCAGCUAGCUACGGCUAAUAUUCCUAAUUCUGCAUUGCAAAUGCAACCACAGUUACAAGGUCAGGUUCAGGGACAACAACAGCAGUUCUCUCAUCAAGUCAAUGGAAAUCAACAACAUUCCCAGCAGCAACCGCAGCAACAGCAACAGCAACAACAACAACAGCUUCAAAUCACACCUCAGCAAUUACUUGUUUUGCAGCAUCAAAUUCAGCAGCUCCAACAAAUCCAACAGCAGCAGCAACUAACCCCUCAGCAGCAACAAACUAUUCAGUUUCAAAUUCAACAGUACCGAAACCAACAUGCUGCGAUCCAAAAAGUUCUUAUUCAAGCUCACAAGGCCCAGCAACAAGCUGCUCAGAACAAUAACCCCAAUAACCAAAUCCAGCAGUCUCAGUUUACAUUACAGCAACAACAACAAAUCCAACAACUGCAACAGCAGCAGCGCACUGGUAACGCUGGUCCUAACCAAAAUGUUGUGACACCCAUAAUUUCUAAUCCAGGAUCUCCAGGAAAUAUGAUGCAAAGUCCGCUAAUGGUCUCAAAUACUCUUAAUGGACAAUCCAUGUCUGGACAGAAUUCCGCAGGUCCUGGUACGCCAACAAUGGGUAAUGCAAAUGUGAAUAAUAGCGCUGGAAAUAAUAUCAAUACACGGGGUGGUCGUGGGAAGACUCAACGGCCCAGGGGUAGAACCCCAUCUCGUGGAAAUGCUACUUCUUCUAGAGGAAGAGGUAGCACAGCUGGAUCACCUGUGUCUACACCAGGACCUGCGGGAAAUACUCCACAGAUUCAACAUGCAAACAUUUCUGGGAAAACAGUACCUGGCGCUGGCAACAUGAACAACGGCACUGCUAACAUCAGUCCACAAAUGGGAUUUGCUAAUGUUUCUGGAAAAACCCUUCCUGGUACUCGUCCUGGCAAUCAAAUGAUGAAUAAUGGUGCUACGGCUGGCGGAGCAGGCAACAGUGGAGCCAUGGGAAUUCUUGGUGGGUUUAUGGGAGGAAAUAACAAUGGUAUUCUUGGUGCUUCUGGGAAUAGCAAUAUUACUGGUGGUGGUGGUAAUGGUCUUAUGGACUCUAGUUCUGGAUUUAAUUUUGGGAACUUGGGAGGAAAUACAGGAGUUGUUUUGGGGAUGUCACAACAGUCAGCGUUCCAUCACCAAAAUAUCAGCGGCAAGACCGUUCCUGGAAAGACGAUUCCUGGAAAAACAGUGCCCGGUAAAACGGUACCUGGUAAGACGGUACCUGGUAAGACGACUCCAGGAAAGACAGUACCUGGCAAGACAAUUCCUGGCAAAACAAUUCCAGGUAGCGGUGGUGGUGGAUUAUAA